AUGGGAGGUUGUUGCUGUGGUUCCUCUAAAGGAGCUGCUCAAUUUAAUAGCGCACCGCCUUAUUAUUAUUACCCGAGAGCACCAGAUGAGCAUGUCCCGUUGUCAUCUCAUCAUGCAGCUGGGUCUGUCCUAUCCACGGGACUUUUGGUUGAUACAAACCUGGACACAUCAGUGCCUGAUGCUUAUAGACCUCCUCCUGCACCUAUGCCAUUUGAUGUGGUGGUUGCACGUCCUCAAACCCCGCAAAGGGCUAGAGAGACUUGUGGUGACAAGAACGGUGGAGCUUUGCAAACAACAAAUUCUGUUUCUAGACAAGAAAUCACUGGCUUAAAUACUUGGGAAACUUCAUCCAAGUGUGAAGAUGUGACGGAGUUGGACUGCAAGGCACAAAUCAAUUCAGAACUCGAUUCAGCGAAGGAGCAAGAAAUUGGGCUUUCAAAGUCACUUGAGCCUCUUGUUUCAGCAACAGAUGAGGAGGAUUGUCCCAUCUGUCUGGAAGAGUAUGAUUUGGAGAAUCCAAAACUCACCACAAAAUGCGAGCAUCACUUUCAUCUUUCAUGCAUUCUUGAAUGGAUGGAAAGAAGUGAAAGUUGUCCUGUUUGUGACAAGGAAACGAUAAUCGACCCUCCUAUUGCUUAG